GGGGGCCUCAGGGGAGUCAUACAGACCAAUGACAUCAUUUAUGAAAUUGAGCCCAAGGAACAUUCUACCACAUUUGAACACUUGGUGCACAAGUUGGACAGUGAGGAGACAGUCCCUCCCAUGAGAUGUGGACUAACAGACGAGGAAAUCGCACGCCAGCUCCAGUUUCUGGAGGGCAGGGAUGCCACCCUGAUGCAGAGCGGCUAUGAAGGGUGGUGGACCCACGAGCAGAUCGUGGAGGUGGCCGUGGUGGUAGACCACAAUCGCUAUCUUCAUAAGGGAAGCAAUGUCUCAGAGGUGUACACAGAAGUGUGCCUCGUUAUGAAUUACCUAAAUGGCUUUUACAUACCCCUGAAAGCGGAAGUCGUUUUAAUCAGCAUCGAGCUGCAUAGUUUUGCCUACAGUAUAGCACACGAGCUUGGUCAUAACCUAGGAAUGAAACACGAUAAUCCAUUGUGUACAUGUGGAGAAAAACAUUGCAUCAUGUAUCCUUGGAAAGUGACAGCAACUAAGUUCAGCAAUUGUAGUUAUGCUAGUUUUCGGGACUUUAUUGCUACAACAACCUGUCUGAGGUCUCCUCCCCAGCCAGACAGAGUCUUCAGGCACAAGCGCUGUGGGAACAGUGUGGUGGACUACGGAGAAGAGUGUGACUGUGGCUCAGUGAUGUCCUGUGAAGAAGAUCCCUGCUGUCAGGCAGACUGCACCCUGACCCCCGGCACUGAGUGUGCUUCUGGACUCUGCUGCCACGAAUGCAAACUCUUGCCAUCGGGCGUGUUGUGCAGAGAACCAGAAAACGAAUGUGACCUUCCCGAGUGGUGCAACGGGACAUCCUCGCUCUGUCCCGAGGACGUGUACGUGCAGGGCGGGGUCCCUUGCUCAGACAGUGGCCACUGCUAUGAAAAGAGAUGCAACAACCGUGAGGUGCAGUGCAGGAACAUUUUUGGCAAAGAGGCCAAGAGUGCAAAUCACAGAUGCUAUCGUGAGAUGAACACCCAAGGGGACCGCUUUGGGCACUGUGGUUUCCAAGGUGAUACCUAUGUAAAAUGCGAUAUGGCGGAUGUCCUGUGUGGGAGGGUUCAGUGUGACGAUGUGACUGAAAUCCCUCUUCUGAGCAAUCACACUACUGUGCACUGGACUCGAUUCAAUGAGGUUAAUUGCUGGGGUACAGACUACCAUUUGGGGAUAAGCUCUCCUGAUAUCGGGGAGGUGAAAGAUGGAACGGAGUGUGGUGUGGACCGUCUCUGCAUCCAGAGGAAGUGUGUCCCUCCGACAGGCUUAAGAAAAACAUGUUCACAGGAGACGUGUAACAAGAAGGGCAUCUGUAACAACAGAGACCAUUGCCACUGCCAACCUCACUGGGGCCCUCCUUUCUGCUUAAAAGCAGGAGAUGGGGGUAGUGUGGUCAGCGGCCCUAGUCUUCGAACAAAUUGGGAUAGAAAACCAUUCCUGCUAAUGGUAUGGUUGUUUCCUUUAUUUCUGGUAUCAUUGUUUUUACUAAUUUUAUUGUAUAGAACUCAUCAAAAAUCUAAGAAAAGGGAAAA